CGUUUACUUGUAGAGAAAGAAGAGAAUCCUUUUACAGAAGAACCAAAUCUACACUCGAAAAGCUCCGAUCAGAGAUGGAUCCAAAGCUAAGAGAAGUUUCACAAAUUUUCGAGCGAUUCAAAGCCGCUUUUGUGCGUAACGAUUUCGGCGCUUGUACUACCCUACUCUCUCAGCUCAAGGUUCUGUUGACCGAAUUCAAGAGCCUACCUCCCCUAUUCCAAGAAACACCUAAUGCCAUCCAUGAGUUGACAAUUGCAAGAGAUAUUUACGAGCAUGCGGUUGUUUUAUCUGUGAAGAUGGAGGAUCAAGAUGCUUUUGAGAGGGACUUUUUUCAGCUAAAGUCUUAUUACACAGAUGCACGUGGUCGUCUUCCACCUUCCCCGCAGGAAUACCCAAUCUUAGGUCUCAACCUUCUGAGACUCCUUGUACAAAAUAGAAUUGCUGAAUUCCACACUGAACUUGAGUUGCUUUCUCAACGUGCUUUGGACAAUCCAUGUAUAAAGCAUGCUGUUGAAUUGGAGCAAUCCUUCAUGGAAGGGGCCUACCACCGGGUGUUGAGUGCAAGGCAGACCGUGCCAGAUGCAACCUAUGCUUAUUUCAUGGAUCUGCUUGCAAAGACUGUGAGGUAAAUUAAUUCAUUCCAC